AGCGCACGUUUCCUACCUCUCUCUCAACGAUGCUCUCCUCCCUGCGCGUCGCGCGCCGCCCGCUCCUCAAGACCGCUUCCGCUGCCGGCCAGUCCGCGCAGAAGCGCUUCUUGUCCAUCCAUGAAUACCAGUCGGUUCAGCUGCUGAACUCGUAUGGUAUCCCCACGCCCAAGGGCGUCCCGGCGAAGACGAAGGAGGAGGCUGUUGCUGCGUUGAAGCAGUUCCAAUCUGAGGGCAAGGACUCUGUCGUCGUCAAGGCGCAGGUCCUCGCUGGUGGCCGUGGUAAGGGCAUGUUCGACAACGGCUUCAAGGGCGGUGUGCACAUGGCGUCCAGCGCCAACGAAGUCGAGAACCUCGCGGGCAAGAUGCUCGGCGCGAAGCUCAUCACCAAGCAAACCGGCGAGCGCGGCCGCCCCUGCAACACCGUCAUGAUCGCCGAGGCCCGCGAGCCUGCGCACGAGUACUACGUCGCCGUGCUCAACGACCGCGUCACGCAGGGCAUUGUCCUCGUCGCCUCCGCCCAGGGCGGCAUGAACAUCGAGGAGGUCGCCGCGAAGGACCCGGACGCAAUCAUCACCACGCCCAUCGACUUCGACAAGGGCCUGAGCAUCGAGGAGGGCAAGGCCAUCGCCGCGAAGCUCGGCUUUAAGCCGGAGCUGCAGGCUGAGGCCGCGGGCAUCUUCAGCAACCUCGUAAAGAUCUUCAAGGAGAAGGACGCGACGCAGAUCGAGAUCAACCCGCUCGCGGAGACGAAGGACGGCGCGGUGCUGUGCAUGGACGCGAAGUUCGGGUUCGACGAGAACGCAGAGUUCAGGCAGAAGGACAUUUUCGCGCUGCGCGAUAUCUCGCAGGAGGAGCCGUCGGAGGUCGAGGCCGCGAAGGCGGGCUUGAACUUCAUCAAGCUCGACGGGUCGAUUGGCUGCCUGGUCAACGGUGCCGGUUUGGCGAUGGCCACCAUGGACGUCCUUGCGCUCCACGGCGGCAACCCCGCUAACUUCCUUGACGUCGGUGGAGGUGCUACUCCCGACACCGUGAAGAAGGCGUUCGAGCUUCUGCUCUCUGACCCGAAGGUCAAGAGCAUCUUCAUCAACAUCUUCGGUGGUAUCAUGCGCUGCGACUACAUCGCAGAGGGUGUCAUCAAGGCGACGAAGGAGCUCCAGAUGACCAUCCCCCUCGUCGUCCGCUUGAAGGGCACGAAGGAGGCGGAGGCUAAGGCCAUGAUCAAGGAGUCCGGUCUCAAGAUCAUCGCCUUCGACGGCCUCGACGACGCUGCUGAGCGCGCUGUCCAGCUCGCGAACUAGAUGCUUUACGGCUGGCAGGAAGCGAAGGCUCGCUAGCUGCCACACCUACUGACAGGCCGGUCGCCCGCCCGCGGAGAGGGCAUAUGAUAUCCUGUUGUCCGCGUAGAACGCAGAUAGACAAAACCCGUCGCGCACUACUGUAGGAUAGACAAUGUAUACGUGGAUUAAUAUCUACUGCACCACACGCAUUGGCCUGCUUGAAGUUUGUGUGCCGCA